UGAUUUCUUCAAUACCAAGUCAUAAAAGUUUAUGAACCCUGUCUUCCAGCGCCUGUGUUUACCUCGCAAAUGAGUAAGGAUUGACUCCUGACGUCAGGGAGAAGCCCGUCUUUGCUUUCAUGCAAGCGAUUAAAAGCGCAUUAGCGGCACGAGGGCGGUAACGAGGCGCAGGUCCUCCGAGUCGCUCACACAAGUAAUUGACAGACGAAGAGGAAGACGUGCGCCCUCACCGGACUCUGCAGCUGCUCUUUUUAUUUGCCUGUUGAUCAGUUUCAGUUUUGUACGUCUUCAGUUAUAAUUUCUAUACGUGCAUGAGGCUUCAGAUUUCACGUUGACCUCAACCUUCUUUUAGUUCUCGGAGACAGUAAACCUGACACGUGAAAUCGGUCACCCGAAGGAAAGCUGUGGCGUGUACACAUUUGACCCUGCAUGGCACGAUGAGGCGGCACAGUUGUUUCCAGCAACAAACGCAUCGCUGGAGUAUCUCCACCGACGGUGGCUGCCUUCUUGGCAAAGGCAAUCCCGCAUCCAACAUCGUGCGCUCUCAGUCGUGCUUCACCCCGGAUCAGCACCCGCGGGGCAGCUGGUCUUCGGACUCAUCAGACUCGUCAGAAGUUGGCAGAGUGUGCUACAGAGUGGUGGUGAUUGGCGAAGACGGCGUGGGCAAGUCGGCGCUAGCCAGUGUCUUUGCAGGUUCUCCGUACGGCAUGUACGCAGACUGCGAUCAAUGGGCAGAUGAUGUUUAUGAAAGAACGAUGAUUGUGGAUGGUGAAAGUGCUUCAAUUAUUUUACUUGAUACGUGGGAUAACCAGGAGGGAAGCUGGGUGCAGGAACACUGCAUGCAGGCAGGAGAUGCCUACUUAAUUGUGUACUCCGUCACUGACAGAGCAAGCUUUGAAAAGGCUUCUGAGCUUCGAAUACAGCUGCGAAGAACAAGGCAAUCAGAAGACAUCCCCAUUAUCUUAGUGGGCAACAAAAGUGAUCUGGUCAGAUGCAGAGAGGUAUCAGUGGCAGAGGGCAGAGCAUGUGCUGUAGUGUUUGACUGCAAGUUCAUUGAGACCUCAGCAGCCGUCCAGCACAACGUUUCUGAGAUGUUUGAAGGCAUUGUGAGGCAGGUGCGACUCAGGAGGGACAGCAAAGAGGUGAACGAAAAGAGGAUGGCUCUCAAUCGAAGGAGAGAAAGUAUCCCCAAAAAGGCAAAACGCUUUCUGGACAAAAUGGUGGCUAAGAAUAACAAGAACAUGGCCUACCGAUUAAAAUCCAAGUCAUGCCAUGAUCUGUCUGUGCUGUAGGAGUUUUUAAGCAUCUAGAAGGACUCUACUGAAGAAUGAAAAAUCUCUUAGGGUCUAAACUGUGUUUCGUCUCAUACAAAGGCUCAAAGCAGCACUAAAAUUGGGACUCAAAAGCAGAGCUGAAACACUUUUAAUACAAACCAUUAGUCUGGCACAGGUGGCUCAUCUUUAUUUGUAUGCAUUUUUGCACAACAAAUUUAAGCCUCUAGUGGAAAAAAAAAUUGACAAGUUUUAGCCAGCAGUGGAGUAUGGAAGAAUGUGGACAGAGAGAGACGUCUGGUGCAGAAAAGACUGCUUCAUAUCAAGAAGACUGAUUACUCCAGCAAGGUCUUGCCAAAGUGCAAGAAACCAUGACGACCAUAAAACAAGCACAAGAACACAGUCAUUUAUUUAAGACAGAAUAUUUGGAAUGUUCUGUGAAUGUUUCAUAAAUAUUUUAUGGACUGUAUAAAAUUUUAUAUGGCUAAAAGUUUUAUAUCUGAAGUUCAUUAAAUAAAUUCCAUUUUUGAAGGGAAAAAAAUGU